AUGUCGUCACGUGAUGUAUUACUAACACUUGAUACAGUCCUUUGUUGGGCGCGUUCUGGUCAUGAAUCAGAUAAAGUUUAUCGUUUUAUAUUUCUUCAUCCUGAAGAUUUAUUUACGAUUCCAAAAGGACGUAGUUGGCCGAUUGCGCAUCAAGUAAUUUAUAAUGGCGAUGUUAAUCUUUUAAAACGUAUUCUUGCACUUUUUUCUGAUGAUCAAAUUAAUAUUCGUACAUUAUCAAAGGAUCAAAAAACUCUUCUUGAUGUUGCUAAAGAACGAAGCUCAGUUUAUCGCUCUAUGUAUACCUAUGUUGAACAUUUAUUUCUUCAAGAUGAUUUAAUUCAAGCAGCUAAACAAAGUAAUUGGUAUUUAGUUAAUGAUAUUCUUAAAAAAAAUUCUGAUUUAUCUAAUGAAAAACCUCCUUAUUCAACGUAUUUUCUUUUACAUUACGUUAUACAAAAUGGUAAUAGAUAUAUUUUAGAAAAUUUACUUAAAAGUUAUCGAUUUCAAAUGAAUGUUGUAAGUGCACAAAAUGAAACAUUAAUAGAUAUGGCUAAAAGACUUGGAAAAACUGAUAUGUAUUCAAUACUAGAGCCAACAAGACAUGAAGAAUCACGUUCAAGCCCAACAAGAAGUCGAUCAUCAUUACCAUCAUCAAAUAGUAAAAACAGACCAUGUAUUAAUCCGCAAAUUUCGAUUUUUAGUCUUCCUUUUAUUCCAUUACAUCCUGCUACUUCUAAAUUACCAUAUCCAAUAAUAGAUCCAUUUCCUGGUGCAAUGUUUUCUAAUGUUUUACUUAAUCUUAGUUCAAGUGGCAAUUUUACACUUAAAACACAAAAUAAAUUUACUACAAUUGAAAGUGAACCAUCAAAAUCUGAAGAAGAACAUCAAGUAAUAAAUACAAAAGAUAAACAUGUUGACUCAAUGAAAACAAUAUCUGAUCAAGAUUCAGAACCAAAUGUAGAACAACCAGCUAUAUCACCAGCAUCAAAUACACAAUUAAUGAAAAAUUUAACAUGUUUUCUAACACAAGAAAUUUUUAUUGAUCCAGUCAUUGCUAGCGAUGGUCAAACAUAUGAACGAGAAGCUAUUAUGGAAUGGGUUAAUUUAUAUCAUUGUUCACCAAUGACAGGUGCACCGAUGAAUGAAACAUUUAAAGAGAAUACCGAACUUAAGAAAAUCAUUCAAUCAAUGAGACAACAGAAUUAA